CAUCGCUCCGUCCGCUUUCGAUUCGACUUCAACUUGGAAGCAGUCAGCGACCCACCUCGUCGUCGCCGUCGUCGUCGCCGUGCACAUAGAUGUUCGCCAAACGACUCUUCCACAAGGCACUCGUGCACCAUCAGGGAGGGGGAGGAGGAGGAGGAUCAGCCUCAGCACCGGCAUCACCUAGGGAUGUCAUCCAAAUGGACGCGCAGAUCUCGACUCACUGCGGGGUGCCCUACACAGCAUCACUACUCGCCUUCGAUUCCGUCCAGCGCCUCCUCGCUGUCGCAACUCUGGAUGGUAGGAUAAAAAUAUUCGGAGGUGAUAACAUUGAAGGCCUCCUUAUAUCACCAAAGAGUGUGCCAUACAAGUUUUUGCAGUUUAUUACAAACCAGGGGUUUUUGGUUGCAAUUUCCAAUGAAAAUGAAAUCCAGGUAUGGAAUCUUGAGUUCAGGCAACUAUUUUAUUCGUCCCAGUGGGACAUCAACAUUACUGCUUUUGCAGUCAUAGAGGGGACCUUUAUGAUGUACCUUGGAGAUGAGAACGGUCUUCUUUCUGUAUUGAAAUAUGAUGUAGAUGAUGGGAAGCUUCAAAUAAUGCCAUACAAUGUUCAUAUCCAUUCUUUAAUCCAAAGAGCUGGUGUUUCGUUACAGGAUUCUCAACCUAUUGUUGGAAUAUUGAUUCAGCCUGACACUUUUGGGACAAGGUUGCUAAUUGCAUAUGAGAGAGGGUUGUUGGUUCUUUGGGAUGUAUCUGAGGACCGUGCAGUUUCUGUUAGAGGCUACGGGGAUUUACACAUGAAGGGUCAAAUCAAUGGUGCUCAGAGGGAUGCUGGUGAAGAUCAACUAGAUACUACUAUUGAUGACAGUGAAGAAGAAAGAGAAAUUUGCUCUCUUUGUUGGGCAUCGAGAGAGGGCUCAACUGUUGCUGUGGGCUAUAUAACAGGGGACAUACUUCUAUGGGAUAUGACUACAAGAUCGUCCAGACAAGGCAAGCAAAGUGACGUUUCAUCUAAUGUUGUUAAGCUACAGCUGGCCUCAGGGAGUCGUAGGCUUCCUGUUAUUGUCUUGCAUUGGUCUGCUGGGUCAGCAAUACAUUCUACAAAAGGAGGGCAACUUUUUGUAUAUGGCGGUGAUGAUAUGGGAUCUGAAGAAGUUCUCACGGUUCUUAGCCUGGAAUCGACUGCUGGAUUAGAAUCAGUGAGAUGCAUGUCACGAACAGACCUCAGGCUUGAUGGAUCCUUUGCUGAUAUGAUUCUUAUUCCUGAUACUGGGGUUCCUGAUAAAAGCAGAACUUCUGCACUUUUCAUUUUGACAAAUCCUGGACAGCUGAAUUUUUAUGAUGGUGGUUCUCUAUUUUCUAUGCAAAAUUCAAAAGAGGGAAACCCUCUACCUGAAGCACAGAAAUUUCCAGUUGCUAUUCCUACCAUUGAUCCCAACAUAACGGUCACUAGUCUUUGUUCACUAACCGAAAGUGAAUUUCCAAAUAUUUCACUGAAGAAAUUUUGUGCUAGGAAAAAUGCUGGGUGUUUCAUACCAGCGAAUAUGAAAUGGCCUUUGACUGGUGGAGUUCCAAGUGAGAUGUCGCUGAACGAAGAUCAUGCUGUUGAAAGAAUAUACAUUGCAGGCUACCAAGAUGGUUCUGUGAGAAUAUGGGAUGCAACAUUUCCUGUUUUAAUGCCAAUGUUUGUCUUGGAUGGAAAGGUUGCUGAUGUUAAUCUGGAUGGAGCAAAUGCUUCUGUAUCAUCUCUAGCUUUUUGUUCACUAAACAUGACUUUGGCUGUUGGGACAACAUGUGGUCUGGUGCGCAUCUAUAAACUUCGAGAGCACACUGGGGGUUCAAGCUUUCACUUUGUGAGUGGAUCUAAGCAAGAAGUUCAUGUUGUUCAACAUGGGAAGGGAUUUCAUUGUUAUGUUGCCUUUUUGUCAUCAAAUUCCUCAGUGCGAUCUCUAUUAUUUACGGCUUCAGGAGAGCUCCUUGCCGCAGGCUAUCAGAACGGUCAGGUGGCAAUGCUUGAUCCAAGUCAGCUAUCAAUUCUAUUCACUGUAGAUGGUGCAUCAGGAACAAAUUCUCCUGUUGUUUCCUUGGGCAUUUACAGUGUUGCGGCAUCUGCUGCAAAAGCAGACCAGUCAAAGAAAGAGGGUCCUCAAAAUGCAAAGUUACCCAGAGAUGUUCUUCUUUCCUUGACAAAGGAUGCUCGUGUUACUGUACUUGACUGCACAACAGGUGUGAUGAUAAAUUCACAUAUCAUACAUCAGAAGCAAUCAUCAGCUAUUUCCAUGUAUGUCAUAGAUGCAGCUUCAGAUGAGAAACAAACCCAAUUAUCAGAGGACAAAAUUCCAAGUCAAGAUCAGGCAGGAAAAGAGGGCAACAGAAUAGAAACACAAGGAGUUGAAAAGCACCUGAAAAAUGCUUCCCAGCUUUCACACAAUGGUGGUUCAGAUUCACUUGUGGUGUGCUGUGAGGAUGUUUUGUUUUUGUUAUCCCUGGCAUCAUUGAUUCAGGGAAGCAGCAAGCAUCUACAGAAGACGAAACUUACAAAACCUUGUUGCUGGUCAGCAGUUUUCAAGAAUAUGGAUGGCAAAAUUUGUGGGUUAAUAUUAGCUUAUCAGACUGGCAUUAUAGAAGUGAGGUCUGUGCCAGAUCUGGCUAUUGUUGCUGAGAGCUCCUUGAUGUCAUUAUUGAGAUGGAGUUACAAGACAGGCAUGGAUAAAUCAGCGAGCUCCUCAAAUGGACAAAUAACUUUGGUAAAUGGAUCUGAAUUUGCAAUUAUCUCUCUUAUGGCCUCAGAGAAUGACUUCAGGAUUCCAGAAUCUCUGCCAUGCCUUCAUGACAAAGUACUUGCAGCUGCUGCUGAAGCAGCUAUUAGUUUCUCAACUGAUCAGAGAAGAAAGCAGAAUCCUGCAGCAGGGAUUAUUGGUGGCUUCAUUAAAGGAAUGAAAGGCAAGGCUGAAGAAAAUGCAAAAAUGAGAGAAAGUUUGACUAUGGAAACUCCAAGCCAACAGUUGGAGUCAAUUUUCUUGAAAGAACCAUUUGCUGAACUUUCAAUACCCGAUCUUGAUGAUCCGAUAGAAGAAUUGUCAAUCGGUUCUCUUUCUCCUUCCUUGUGCAUCUUAAAGCAAGCAUUUAUCUUAAGUGCUCCCUUCCCUCUUGACUUGGGAGUAUUGAAUGCAGAUGACAUCGAGAUUGACGAUGAAGUACCCAUAGCCCCGGCACCAGCAGCAUCCUCUACAUCCCAAUGGAAUAAGAGAACAGCAGUAGAGGAGGAGAGAGCGAAGCUGUUUGAAGGGUCAAGCAAUGUUGAUAAACCGAGAAUGAGAACUCCACAGGAAAUUCUAACCAAAUAUAAGUUUGGUGGGGACGCAGCAGCAGCUGCUGCUCAUGCGAAAGAUAAGCUGAUGCAGAGGCAGGAGAAACUGGAGAGAAUAAGCCAACAAACCGCCGAGCUUCAGCAUGGAGCGGAAAACUUUGCUUCCCUGGCACAGGAGCUUGCGAAAACAAUGGAGAACAAGAAGUGGUGGAAGCUAUAAUCUGGUUCUGUACGUAUGUUGUUGGACACUCAUACCCAUUGCAUGCCAUCCGUCGGGGGCUGUGUACAGUAGUAUGACUUGCAAGUGCAGUUUGCAGAGGUUUCCUCCUCUGUUACGAAUCGGGUAGCUAGUUUAGCUUAGGAACGUUGUGAUGUUUUGUGUACCGUGUCACACACCAGCAUUAUUACCAUGUAUGUAAUAAUCCUUUUGUGUCCGUAUUAAGCGUGCGUCCCGUAUCCACUUGGUCAUUCUUUUUGGUUUUUGGUGAUGUAUAUCUAUAUCUAUACCUUAAUAAUAAAGGCAAAAUUUCAGCCUCUUUUUUAGUCU